GGCCGGGGCCGGGGCCGGGGCACGGCGGCGGCGGCCCGCGCGGCUGCCGCGGCGGCUCGGGAGGCCCGGCGGGAGCCCGGCGGGGCCAUGGCCGCGGGGAGCAUCACCACGCUGCCCGCCCUGCCCGAGGGCGGCGACGGCGGCGCCUUCGCGCCCGGCCACUUCAAGGACCCAAAGCGGCUCUACUGCAAAAACGGAGGCUUCUUCCUGCGCAUCCACCCCGACGGCCGCGUGGACGGGGUCCGGGAGAAGAGCGACCCCCACAUUAAACUACAACUUCAAGCCGAAGACAGAGGAGUUGUGUCUAUCAAGGGAGUCUGUGCGAACCGUUACCUUGCUAUGAAGGAAGACGGAAGAUUAUUGGCUUCCAAAUGUGUUACAGAUGAAUGUUUCUUUUUUGAACGACUGGAAUCUAAUAACUACAACACUUACCGGUCAAGGAAAUACUCCAGUUGGUAUGUGGCACUGAAACGAACUGGACAAUAUAAACUUGGGUCCAAAACAGGACCAGGGCAGAAAGCCAUACUUUUUCUUCCAAUGUCUGCGAAGAGCUGAUUUUAAUGGCAGCGUUUGAUCUCAUUUCACAUGAAAGAAGAAUUGUAUUUUAGAAAAUUGUUAAUAAGAAAAAAAGAAAUGUAUAUAGCUUAGUUUGGAUAAUAGAUCAAAUAUCUUUUUAUCUAAUAGUAAGAUAUUUAACCAUUGCCUCAGUAAAGAAAAACAACAAAAAUUCUUGGAAAUGUAGACCUAUCCCUUUUAUAUAACAUCUGUUGUUCCCACUGAAGAUUACCUAUACUAGGGCUAUUAUCUUUUUCACAUAUGUGCUUUAUUUCAAAAGAGGAUUUUAAAGUGGACAUAUUUACAAACAACUUUUCAUCAUGGAAAAUCAUGAUUAGAAAAUCAGCAUCAGAUAUUUAAUCAAUGCCAAAUGUCAAUGUCUUAUAGUAUAUAUUAAUCUACAUGUAGAGUUUACUUCAAAUUUUUAAAAAAACAUGUAAAUGUGAACUUAAUCCAUUCCUGUCAUAAUUUUAUAAUUCUCUGGCAGUUCCUUGUGAUAGAGUUUAUAGAACAGGCCUGUAUAAACUGCUGGAAGUUCUUCCAUGGUGAGGUCAAUCUUGUCAAAUCCUUCUCUGUAUCCAUACAGCAGCAGCCUGGCCACUCUGCUAGUGAUGGGAGUUGUAUUUUCAGUCCUGAUCAGGUCAUUGAGAUCCAUCCACUCACAUCUUAAGCAUUCGUGCUGGCAAAAAUCUAUUGUGAAUGAAUGUGGCUUAAGGCGGCAGAUGAUAUACAUAUCUGACUUCCCAAAAGCUCCUGGAUUGGUGUGCUGUUGUCGAAUACUCAGGAGGGACCUGAAUUCUGAUUUUAUACCAGUCUCUUCAAAAACUUCUCGGACUGCUGUGUCUCCUAAAUAAGAGAGAAAUAUACAGAUCAUAAGGUCCCAGUUUGACAGACCUUAUCACCAAACAUUUUCAGUUAACAUCUUAAAAGUUCAAAAGCAAAACUUUCAAGUGUUUAUGUUCAGCUCAAACUCUUUGCCCUUUGGACAUCCUGAAAUAUCAAAAUAUUUUAUUACUGCUAUCCAUUUAAGACUGUUUUGAAAUACUGGAUAUUUCAACUGCUAUUUGGAGGCUUAUCUACUUGUAUAAUUUGGAGACUCACAUCUUUUUAAUACUUCUGUGCUCUAUUUCUCAAAAGGUAAAAAUGUAGGUUACAAAAGUGAAAAUAAGUUGCAAAGUAUAGAUAAUAUUUGGAUAUAUUACUUUAUUGUUAUCCUGUUCCUAAUCAUACACCAAAACUCCCUAAAUUUGUAUAUAUCAAGAUUGAGAAAAAGUGGUCUACUCUUCUAAGGGUCUGUAGAACUGUAAACUGUACUUAACCUCUCCUGGUGAUCAGAGGUGGCAUGUCAAGUCUGCUGGUCAUCUACCAGAUUCUUUUACAACCAUUUAAUUAUACUCCUUUAGUGAUGAAACCACUAGUUUACAACCAUUUAAUUAUGCUCCUUUAGUCAGUGAAAUCUCACAGUAGUAAUUUUCAGCAGUGCUAUUGUUUAAGAUUCUAAAGAAUUUGAAUUUAUUCCUUCAGUACCAAAAUGCAAGUCAUUUCAUGAGAAGUUUUCAAAAAACUAGAAAUAUACAGAAUUUUAUAAUACAAUAAUGGUUUUCACAUUUCAUAAGGUUGAUUUCUCAAUUAAAUGCAAAUUUAUGGCAGGAUUUUUUAAUACCAUAAAUAUAUUUGUGUUUGCUUUUUCUAAACACCCAGAAACACUAAAAUGGAUUUUAUUUACUGCUGUGAUGGCCUAUUAUGAUCUCCCAAAGCUUGAUGCAAAUCCCUUUGAAACACUGCCUUCCUUGACUAUUUUUCUGGGAAGCUCCAUGACUGCCAUACGUUGUUGUUCAAAUAUCUUUUAGUGCCUCCCCUGUUUGUCAAGCUAGUAAAUGAUUUUUGCCUUUGCAGUAAUCCUACUGGCAAAAAAUAGGCAAAGAAGAGGAAGUCCAAAAAAUGUCUCAACUGCAAGUUCUCUGACUAUACAUUGUCUUACCAGCCCCAGGGUAUGCCCUUGUGUUUGUUUCUCAGAAACAGCUCUACAAAGAUUCAUAGGGAAAUAAUGUGUCCUAAAAGUAAGAUAUUUAUCUAUUACUUUUCGAUUAUAUACUCAUUUUCUGUAUAAUUGAUAUUGCUUAUAGGUUAAAUGUGGCUAGAAAUUACAUUUUAAAACUGAAAGCACUGGGGCGAGGGCGGGGGUGUAGCUCAGUAACAGAGAACUUGCCUGGCCUGGCCUGGCCUGUGUGAGCCUAGAACUGGUCAUCAGCAUCCAGAAGAGAGAGAGGUGGGGAUAAAACUGAAAGCAUAACAGGCCAGUUUAAGAGAAACUUAGUUUAAAGAGAAAAAUAAUUUUAAUCUGUAAUACAUAUAUUAUUAAAUUUAGUAUUAAGGAUUGGCAUUAGUCUUUAUGGUCCAUAGAUUCUUACUCAAAUAUGUAUAUUUAUUUAAAUGCUCUGAAAAAUAACUACAAGGGCUAUGCCUAGCUCUUAGUACCACUAAUCAAAAAUUGGGUAUAUCGACAGAUACAGUGGUGCACGCCUGUAAACCCAGCACUCAGGAGGUGGAAAGCAAGAUGAUGGCAAGUUCAGGGUCAGCUGGGUCUACAUAAUAAGACCUUAUCUCAAAAGGCCAAAACCAACAGCCACCAAGUUGGGCAUUUAUAAAGUUGAUGAGUAGAAGCUGUUCACAUGUCUUAAGCACAGGAUGGGGCUAGUGAGUCAGUCUGUCCUGCUUAGCAGUCAGCAUUGUAGUUGACUGAAAUUCAGUGGUGCCUGGACAGUUCUGAUGAGUGUACCCUGACUUAGCACAUCACUGGCCAGACCGAAAACUGGACGGCAAAGUGCUUUUGUGUCUGGGAUAUGGGAGACACCUUCCACUUCUAAGUGGAAAUCUCUUCCUGAAGGAUUUCAAUGUGCAUUUAAAUUUUUUUUUUAAUCAAGAUAAAGCAAUUUUUUCUAUUGUGCCUUUAAAAUUAUUUUAAUAUACUACAAGCUAAACUGAAAUAACAUUGAUAGAUGUAAGAACAUAGGAAAAAUGAAGUUUUAAAUUUUUACUGGUUGAGAUAUACUUAAAUGUGUCAUAUUUUGUUCAACAGGAAUGAAAUGGAAUUUAUAGUUAUUUCUAUUUUUAUAAUAUUUAAUAAAAUUAGACUGACAUAAAAUAGGAAAAAUAUUGCAGACUGUGGGUGUUUCCCAAUGACUAGUGCACUGAUAAGCUCUGAUCGGACCCGGCUGCUUCACAGUCCUUUGGCUACUGUCUUUGUCAGGGAUAACAAGUUUUUUAGGAAGGCAGUUUGUCUAUUUUAACUGUACAGACCUUUACACUCAAGCCUUGAAGACUGAGUUCUAUUAUGUAUAUGACCCUAUUUUUUUAAAACACACUUUAAAAUUAUGUUUCAUUUACCUAUACUAUCAGAGAACUAAAGAUUCCAAACAAGUUUUUCAAGUUCAUUAGUGUUUAUUUAAUGGGGAUUAUUAAAUCCAACUAAGAGCCAGUAUAAAUGUUUGUUUUUCUUGGCAGUAUUCAUAGAUACUUAUGUUAGUUACUUUCCUAAAAUAUGAUUUAAAGAAAAUAGUUUAAUUUUUGGAUGAUUUGGCUUUAACACUAGGAAAGUAUUUUUUUGUAUUUUUGUAAAACCUGAAUGCUCACUUUGUAGACAUAGUCUUUUUUUAGACCUUUGCUAUCAGUUAUCAUUUCUAGCUUCUUCAGGAUUUUUUCAGUGUUGAAACAAAGCUUUUAAUUUAUACUACAUAUAGGCAGUAAAGUGAAUUACUGAUUUUUUCUUGAUUACAUAUGGCUGAGGUUUAUGCUCUGUGAUCAAAAAGUACCAUGAAUGUUUAAAUUAUUAAAACAUUUAUUAUAGCAGAAAACACAUCGCCAUUAACAACCUCAAAAUAUUCAUUUUGAACACAAUCCAUCUUUCUUGUCACCAUCUGGAGCAGUUCUGGCGGUACUCUUUUGUGAGUGUCCUAAAUUGUGCUGUUGGGGCUAUGACAGUGCCCUGAGUCCUUCAAAAUAUUUUCCUCUCAUGGUCAUUUUGACUUUGGGAAACAGCCAAAAGUUGCAAGGUGUUAGAAUGAGUGAAUAAAGUGGGUGAGAACACACCUUAAAUUUGUAGGGGAUUUGUCUUUCCAUUAGAAGACUUGUAAUAGUAGUCACUGUAUUUUUGAUCAUACUUUAUACAGGAACUCAAAAGACAACUCUAGAACUUCUUCUGAAGAUGGCAAGAAUUAUAAGUGUGUUUGGAGAAAGAAGGAAUCUUUUGAGAGGGGUAAAUAGCAAUGUGUACUGUAUCAUAAAUUUUAAAAAUUCAUUAUAUUUCAAUCAUUCCUUGUAUAUAUGGUCUAGAUAGGUGAGUUGAUGUGAUAAUCACAUACACUUUAAUGUGAGAUAAUUAGGAUAAAUUAGCCUUGGAAAAUAAAUGGCCUCUUUCAAUACCUGCAUUUUCACAAAAUACUUAUGUCAACAGAAUACUUGAGAGUCUGAGUAGAAGGCCAGUAAGUAUUUAAAACCAAAACUUGUAUAGACAUAUCUUAAUAUUUCCGAUGUACUAAUGGAUUAUUAGGUUGCUUAUAUGACAUGUGUAGGGGAUUGAAAAUUUGAUCAAGAAAAGACACUUUUGAAUGAAAGUAAAUUUAGGAUAUCACUAUAAAGUUUUUGAUUAGAGAAAAUAGAGGACAUACAUAUUAAGGAAAAGAUCCUUUAGAAAUAAAGGACCUUUAGAAAUAAAAUGAAUUACUUAUUAGGGUUAUAUUGAGUUUGAUCCAAUAGUUUAAACAAUAGAUACGGACAGUUCCAAUUCUUCUGUUUCUUAAUAGAAUUCUUAGCUUAUUUGCUAUCUAUGUGUCUUAAUAUGGAGUUUAGUGAACUGUUUCAUGGGUUAAUUUUCACUUGAAACUUUCUUACAUGACAUAUUACUAAGCUUUAGUUUUCUAACUAUACAAAAAUAAAUGGAUAAAAACUUCAUGAAGAACAUAUAACAUCCCUAUUAUUUUGACUUUACUGAUUUCAGAGUUUACUUAAUAUUUGUCCUUUUGUGAUGGAAUGAUCAAGAAUUUGUUUUCUCAUAGUUCUAUUCCAUCAAUAAUUUUAGUCAUAUUCAAAAUAACCUAACUAGUGAAUAUCCAGAGCUGCUCCUUUUCAUAUGAAUUAAUCUAAAAAGAAACAGAAGAAUAAGUAUUGCUUUACUAGUUGUAUUAUUUAUACUAAUGGAACAAAUUGGAACAAUAGAUAUUUAGCUGGUAAUUGUUAUUAGCCCACAGUUUCUUUCUGAAACUUUCUUACUUGGUUUGAAACAAUUAGAGAAUUUAAAUUCUUAUUUUUAGCUAUAAAGGAAGAAAGUAAAUACAUGGUUUUUCUUUAUGUUAUCAAGCUCACUAAAAAUACAUAAGAUACAUACCAAUGUCUUCUCCAGGCUCUGAUAGUCCUCCUGGAAGCUUCCACAUAUUUUUUAACUGCAGUGUAAAAUCAAAGUUUAUAUAAAAAACAUUUAUUUACUAAUACACAUGCAUAGAUUUCACAAAAUCCACCUAUAGUUGGUUAGUGUCAUUGAGAAUUUACUUUUUGGUAAUUGUAUAAAAUUUUUUCCAGCUUCCAUAAUUCCUCCUUCCUUUUUCCAAGGGAAGUGGUGACAUUAAAGCUUUUCCUACCUUUUUUUCAGGGAACAGAGGCGGCUUUAUUUAGUCAAUGUGAUAAAAUUUGUACUAAGGAAACUUUGAAGGGAAAUAUCUACUGCAUUUGUGUAACUUAAAAAAAAGUUUUCUGCUAGUAAACUAUGAACAAGUAAGAGUCUUAACAGAUGCUGCUAUAUAUGUGUAUGUGUAGAAAGUAUGAAAUAAAUGUAAUCACUGAGUAUGCUAUUCUUAAUUUUCAUGUCUAUUUUGCUAUAUUGUGUUUCUAUUCACAUAUUACUCUUUGAGAUUUCUGUUUUAUGUGUUAAAAAUCUUAUGUAAAAAACUGCUUUUCAUGGGUAGUAUGAAUAAAAUUGAUUAGUUUUGUGUUUUCA